AUGGCUGGCCCAGCAGAUAUCGUCGACCCUGCUUCUCUUACUGUAGCGGGCUACAGUCGCAGCUACCCAACGCCACCUCCCUUGUCAGACGACAAGGAGGCCAGCCACCCUCCCCAAGAGCAACCCCAAAAGAAGAAGAGGAAGGCUUGGGGACAACCUGUUCCUGAAAUCAAACAAAUACUCCCACCUCGGAAACGAGCCAAGACCGCGGAGGAGAAGGAACAGAGAAAGAAUGAGAGAAUUCUCAGAAACCGCAGAGCAGCGGACAAAUCUCGACAACGACAAAAGGCUGCCGUGGCAGAACUUGAAGCACGGCAGAUCCGGAUUGAGAAAGAAAAUGCCGCUCUCCGAGAACUCCUAGGUCGCUAUCAGUCGAGAUUCGGUGUUCAGGAGGACUUCCCUCCACCAGUCCCAGCUGAACCUCCCAAGAUAGACCUUGACGAUAUGGACGAUGCAGCAACGUGUCAAGACUUGCGCGCAUCCUCCGCUCAACCGCCAUUCACUCCAUCGUCAUUCAACGACUGCUCGGACUCUGAGUCCAGCCAUCCAACCUUAGUUCUAUCCGAGGAUUCCACCCCCCUAAAACACGAAUCACCUGUCCUCGCCCCCCAACUCAACCUCAUCCAUGAACAUCCCGAAGGUGAACAGACCACCUCUGACUCGAUGGCAACGCUCUCAAGCUUCCCCUCGGUCUCCGCCGGAGACCUGGGCUAUGAGCCUGCCAGCAUUUCCAUUGAGUCUCAAGCACAACCUUGGGAUCAGUUACCUGCUUCAGGUCUUCCAGACCUUGACGAUAUUUCACUCCUUCUCGACGACAACGCUCUUGCCAAUGUGCAAUCUUUUCCAGAUUUUGGCACAGCGAUUGUCAAUGACCUCGACGGAACAGGAUUUCUCCUCCAUCCUGACCAACUUCCCACUAAUUCAUUCUUUGAUUUCGAUGCCUUCGACACCGACCAGGCCAGCGGUCUUUCGCAUGAAGCUUCUGAGCCGACUACUCGCUUGCAGCCCACACAUGGCGCGCCUCUUACUGGCAGCGACAGACCGGGCUUUGCAGCAAGUGGUUAG